GCCAAAUAAAAGAAAUCGCACGCUUUAAAAGGCCUCGAUGCUCUGCAGCAAACCCUAAAUAGGACCUCCAUCGCGCCGCAAGCAGAGGAUUAGGGUUUCUCGUGGUGAAGCUCUUGCGGAUCUCUCGAGGGGAAAGAGAUGGUUCUCAAGACUGAGCUUUGCCGUUUUAGCGGAGCAAAGAUAUACCCGGGAAAGGGUAUUAGAUUUGUUCGUUCUGAUUCGCAGGUGUUUUUGUUUGCCAACUCAAAAUGCAAGCGCUAUUUCCACAACCGCCUGAGGCCUGCUAAGCUCACCUGGACUGCUAUGUACCGGAAGCAGCACAAGAAGGAUAUCCAUGCUGAAGCUGUCAAAAAGAGGCGUCGUACCACAAGGAAGCCAUAUUCAAGGUCAAUUGUUGGCGCUACACUUGAAGUCAUUCAGAAGAAGAGAACUGAGAAGGCUGAAGUUCGUGAUGCUGCCAGGGAAGCAGCUCUGCGUGAAAUCAAGGAGCGUAUAAAGAAAACAAAGGAUGAAAAGAAAGCGAAGAAGGCCGAGAUGAUGGCAAAAUCUCAGAAGACUCAGACCAAAGGUAGUGUGCCCAAGGCGCCCAAGGGUCCUAAACUUGGUGGUGGCGGCGGCAAGCGUUAAAUUAAAUAUCUAUAAACAUGCAUUAUGCUCUCUUUUGUUUGGUUAUCUGUUUUUUGAUGAACGUUAUAUUUGUUUCACCAGUUUCAUCAACACUGAAAAAUGUUAGAAGACUUCAUUUAGUUGAGUUUAUUUGGAUUAAAUCUUU